AGUUGACAGCAGUACUUAGCGAUGAUGUCAUUCUGUCUACGAUGACUGUGUCUAUACUCAAUAGAGACUGAAUUCAAGCCUGAUAGACUAUUGUAUGUUAAUUUGUGAGAAUUCAUGAUAAGAGUACUUGAAAUGUUAUAAAUUUUGAUUAGAACGAGUUUUGUUGUAACCUUUUAGAGUAUCAAUCGACAUAUCCCUUAGAAAAGAGAUCUUUCGAUUCCUCAUAUUCUUCAAUUAGGCUCACUCCUUCAAAUUCACAUAUAAUAGAAUUAAACUAACUGCUAAACAGAAGGUUAGCUAUGAUACGAUACAAGUUGAGUUUCAAGCUAUUGGGAUUUAAUUUGCUUGGUAAGAUUCUGUAAAAAUAGGUUGUGGAGGUGGAAAGGCAGUUGCGAAUGGAACGCAAGAGAGAGAAUUAAGAAGAAAAUGGUGUGAAGCUGGAAUGGUGGAGAAUAGAGGGUGUGGUUAUUACUUGUCUCAUAUUCGCUAAACGUGAUCUAAACGUAAGAUUAUCCCUUCUCUGUUUUCUAGUCGUUUCCAUUUGUUUCCCCCACCUCCUUUCCAUCUUUUCUUCAGUUUCCCCCUGUUCCCCUGUUCGCGAAACGAGUGCUGACAUCUUGUUGAACCGGUUGCCUCUCAUUAGAGACUUUCUCAUCUGUGUUGAACGAAUCAAGGAUUUUGGCGAGUUAGUGCUAAUGAUCGUGUGCCAUGCUUUUGCAUUGUUUUCUAGUUGUGUGCGUAUUUGUCGGUUUGGCUUCAGUGGCGGUUGUGCAGGAUAAGCACGAGCGACUUUACGAAAAUGACCUAUGUGAUGAUGGAUCUAUUUGCAAGAAGAUUAAAGAUUGUCCUGGUAUAACAGAUUUGAUCCAACAAGGCCUUCGACCGAAGGUCUGUAGUUUUGCCAGCGAUGAAAGUGUCGUCCUGUGUUGUCCGACAACAACUGUUGAUUACAAGACUGAUGAAACCAUAUCAGAAAAGAUGUGUAAAAAGUAUACAAAAACCUUAUGCCUCGGCUAUGUACCCAAUAUUGUCGAGGGACAGCCUGUUGAGCCGAAAGAGCUCCCAUUCAUGGCACUAAUUGGAUACGGUAGGACGACGAUUGCAUGGAAAUGUGGAGGGUCCCUUAUAAGCAAACGAUACGUUUUGAGUGCAGCCCAUUGCAACCAUAAUGGCGAGAAUGCCACUUGGGUGCGUCUUGGUGAACUUGAUUGGAAAUCUAACAGUGAUGACGCGCGACCAAAGGAUUACCAAAUAGUUGCUUACAUAGAUCAUCCUCAAUACAAUCCCAACGAAAACUAUAACGACAUAACACUGUACAGACUCGAUAAGGACGUGGAAUUCAACCUCUACAUUCGGCCUAUAUGUAUCAAUAUUGCGCCUCGUAAUGAAACCAAAGCUGUGGCCGCAGGGUGGGGCAGAAUUGGGGUAGUUGAGAGAGAAAGUUCGAAACUACUGAAAGUCGAUCUAGAUCUGUGGACACUGGAUAAAUGUUCGAAUUUGAGCAUCAAUAAUGUUCGAUUACCAAAGAAUCUGACAGACGAUAUGAUGUGCGCCGGUACUAUUGGAGGGGGGGCUGACACUUGUUCGGGCGACUCGGGAGGACCCCUGUUCUAUGCGCCGACGCAGGAGCAACAGGACAACGAGUGUUACCUGUUGUCGCAGAUUGGUAUCACUUCGUUCGGCACACAGUGUGGCCUGGAGCCUGCCAUCUACACCAACGUCGUCGCCUACCAUCAGUGGAUCGAGAGCAUUGUCUGGCCUGUCAACGGCACUUCUGAUCUACUUAUAUGGGAAAAUUGAGAAAACCCUAAUAAAACCAAGCUGGAUGCAAUGUGAUUCCACCAGAUCUUUGCAUAACUUUAUUGAGUUUCUAAAUUCCAGAGAGUUGAAUCCAGAGUAGAUUGUAUGAUGGAGGAUGGUACUUUGGAGCUGUAUAAAAACAGUGCUCUUUUUAUAGUAGAUAUCAACUCCAAGGGACACGUUCCUUUGUUGUAAGAACUGGUAUCCUAAGAUGUACUGGACAGCUCGAUAUCUGUAGAGCACUAAAUGAGCAAUUCAAUUGAAAUACCUACUCUUAGUACCACAAAAGUUCCAUUGAAUAAGAUUCAGAGCUAUUCUAGGAAUACAAGGAUCAAGUGGAUCAAUAAUUAUUAUCUGAGAAUAUAUAAGUUUCAAAACUCAACAGAAUAUUUAAAAUAGCUAAUAAUUCGAUACUCUGGGGAGUGAUAAUUUGGAUAUUUUAUGAUUGCAGUUUGGAUGACCCGUAAUGUUAGUCAAAUUCUGAAAGCUAUUAUCUAUUCAUAUAAUAUGCUUGAAAAUAUAGAAAAAUUGAGUUUUUAUUUCGUGAGAAAUAUAGAGCUUAUGUCUGGAAUUAUUCAGAUCUUAUUUAUAUAUCUGGGUUAUUCUAGGUAGGGGUGACCACCUCAUCCAGGCCCCAAUAAAACACAACCCAAUUCCAUGCAAAAUUCAGCUCUCAACUUAAAAAAAUCUUUACUCAUAAACACUUCCGAACUUGAUUUGUUUAGGAAUCAUCCUUCAAGUAUUUCAAUGAUGAUGUCUGCGUCUACCCUGCAUAUGAGCUCAUAUUGAUGGAAUGAUUAUUCAUAUAAUUUCGAUUUUUUGGUUGACACAAUUUCCUAAAUUGAGAAUUCAGAGGCACAUUUAUACAAAACAUACCUUUUGAACAAUUAAUUACGACAUAGCAGUCAGGUAUUUAUAUAAAUAGAAGCUAUUAGCUUCUACUUACAUAGAAUUUAAUUAAUAGAAAUUAAUAGCCUGACUGCUAUGUCGUAAUUAAUUGUUCAAAAGUGAUUAUUUAACAAGCAGUUCGUAAUGGAAUCAAACAUUGAAGAGAAAACAUACCUGUUGAACUCCCGGUGGACCGGGUCAGAAGUAGAAAAGAUCUGUGUUGAUUCAUAAUGAAUUGUUUUUCUGUCCUAAUAACAAGUAACGGAUAGAAUUUGUAAAUAAUAUUUAUUUACUCACUAUUUAUUGGAGUUGUUUUGUAAGAUUACUGGCUGGUCGCACAAUGGUCAAGCAGAGAUUGUUCACGAAUCAUAUUCGUCAGUGCCAUGUUGUUUCGAAUCCUGAUUGAUGUUUGUGCAACAAGUCUUUGAUGAAAAUAAAUGUAUAUUUUUGGAGAAAC